CCAAAGCAGGGAGUCUGAAUUUUAUUCUAAGUGUGCUUACAAAUAUUUAGAGUUUAUAAAUAAUUAAGCAGGAAAUUACAAUGAUCUUAUUUAUUAUCCCCUGCGAAGGUCUCCUAUUUUCUCAGAUUAACAAAUUCAUGGUUCUCUUUAAAAGUCCAGCUCAAGUAUCACACGCAUUGUAAAGCCUUUUGUCAUUGUCAGUGAGGCAGUGGUUGGGUGGUCCUGUUUAACCAGCUUUCCUAGACGUGACUUCUCCCAUUCAGUUCUAUUCAAGUCAAAGAUGAGUCUUAGAGACUGUCUGAUGCUUUAGUAGUCUAUUCUGGCAUCACUCUUAAAAGAUAGUGGGAAGAGGCUGGGGGCAUAGACCAGAUAGUCAGGACUCAGAUGAUCAAGAGAGUCUCCAACCAGAGACUGUUCUCAGUGUUGGGGGUUUCUUCCCCCUUUUUAAAACCUGUAUUCAGCUUGGUCAGUUAUCAGAUGUUUCUCUCAUAAAUGGAGUCGAAGCUAUUCUUACAAGGGUAAGCUUUAGGGUUCAUGAAAGUUGCAUCUGUGCUGAAGUGGCCUGGUCUCCUGGAAAUCACUGGGCCAGGGGUGGAAAUCUCCAGGGCCAGUUUGUAUUAUAUUGAUAAAUACAUUUAGUAUCAGCCCCUCAAGACACUUGAGUGAGCCUUAUGGCUAUAAUUAAUCUUAUAGCCAUGAUAUAUCUCUUACAGUGUAUUUUCCUUAAUUUUCCAAGUAUCUUCUCUGUCUUUAGUUUUCCCAUUUCAUACAUUCUUGCAUUUACAUGGUACAUUUCUCUACUAUAGUACCUUCUGCUUGUUUUCAACUUGUCUUUUCUACUGAACUGUUAACUCCAUAAGGGUAGGGACUGUGUUUAUCUUCCUGUAUGCAUAGUUUAUAAUGCAGUGCACAGCAUAUCAUAAUGUUAAGAAAAUGAUUAUUGAAUGAACAAAUGAGUAUUUCAAUUAUCCCAUAACUUAUGCUUCUGGUCUUAACAUUUCUGUCAAAUUCCAGUUUCUUAUUUUUAAAUGCCUAUUGACAUUUUUAAUUGUCUAGUUUUUCUUCAGACUCAACUUCACAUACCCACAUCUCUUUCCAACUUCUCCAUUUAAUUAAUUAAUUAAUUAAUUUGAGAGGGAGUUUCCCUCUUGUUGCCUAGGCUGGAGUGCAAUGGUGCAAUCUCGGCUCACUGCAGCCUUUGCCUCCUGAGUUCAAGCGAUUCUCCUGCCUCAGCCUCCCAAGUAGCUGGGAUUACAGGUGCCCGCCACCAUGCCCAGCUAAGUUUUUGUAUUUUUAGAACAGAUGGGUUUUCGCCAUGUUGGCCAGGCUGGUCUCAAACUCCUGGCCUCAGGUGAUCUGCCUACCUCAGCCUCCCAAAGUGCUGGAAUUACAGGCGUGAGGCCCUGCACCCGGCCAACUUCUCCGUUUUUAUUGGUAAUACCAACUUCUUUCUAAUUUCCUUGACCAGAAAUUUUAGAGUACUUUUAUUCUUCCCCUGAUACUGGGGAUUUCCUUUACUCUAUUUCAUUGACUGUAACCCUAGUUCAGACUUUUAUCACCUAAUUCCUGGAAAAAUGCAACAAAGUGGCUGGCUAGGGAAUAAUUCUGGCUCAAAUGUCUUCCCUUCUCAAAUCUGUACUGCAUGUCUUCGCAAGAUCAUUGUUAAUGAAAUAUUUUAUUCAUGAGUUCAUGCAUUGCUCCAUUUUCCAAGUAUUUUUGCACACUGAAUGUAUGACAUGCCACUCCCUUAUAUAAAACCUUACUUAGUGCUCACAUGAACUAAAUGAGAUAGUAUUUUUAUCUCCAUUUUACAGACAAGGAAAUUAGGAUUUAGAUUAACUGCCCGAAGUCAGUUACACCAAUCACAAAAUGGUAGAGAUGAGACCUGAACACAGGUCUUUCUAGUUGAAAACUCUGAGCUCUGCUUAAUCAUUGUGCUAGUAAGUUAGUACCCCAAGUUUAAAGUCCUUCUUCACUUUGGAGGAUUUCCAUGAUAUAGCCUACCAAUCCUACUUCCCAUUUCUGCUGCACUUGGAUUUUCUAUUUCAUAUUUCAAAUAUUUUUCUAGUUAUCUCCUGUGCAUUGCCCUUCUCUACUUCAAGUAGAUUGUAAGCUUCUUAAAACCUUACUCUUACUACACUUGCCUUGCAUUUCUAUGAAAAUCUACUGUUGCAGAUGACACACUAAAUUCUCGGUGAAUAAUUUAUAAAAUCUUUAGCACAGUCCUUGGCACAUAUGCAUGUUUAACAAAUGGUACCAAUGAUUAUUAUUAUUACACAGAGACUGAUGCAUCAAAUUGAAGACCUAAUAGGAAACCAGAAAAUUCUGAUCUCUUCCUCAGUCCUAAGAACUCUGCUUGCUCUCUCCACAAUUUAGACUAGUGGUUUCCAAUAAUAAGUGAGUACAUUUCAGUCUCAUAGUCUCAUCUUUCUACUACGAAACAGUGCCAAGUAUGAUAUAGACAUCACCAUAACGUGAACAACACAGCAAAAUUCUGUCCAUUACUGCUCUCUUUGAGGGUACUUUGGAGAAAGGAAAAUGGAAUAGUUGUAGUUACAUUUUUGAAAAAAUGGUUAAUGCCCUAUCUAUCGACAGAUGGAUCUAUUGAUGGAUAAACUUCAUUUAACUUUCAUGAAGUUACUAGUGUCUUGUCAAGGCUUCCUGGCUCAAGUUUCUGAUGCACAGAACUUAGCAUUCUUUAGGCACCCCCCUGUUGUAUAAUCCCUGCUUCAUUUUGGCGCUUCAAGCAGAAUUGGUUCACAUGCAGCAAUAGGAAAAUCCGACAUUCAGGCCUUGAAUGGUUCACAUGACGCAGUGAAAACGGUCUAUUUAGGACCUCCCCAGUUCUGAUUUUUUUUUUUUUUUGAGACGGAGUCUCGCUUUGUCGCCAGGCUGGAGUGCAGUGGCGCGGUCUUGGCUCACUGCAACCUCCGCCUGCUGGGUUCAAGCGAUUCUCCUGCCUCAGGCUCCCAAGUAGCGGGGAUUACAGGCACGCGCCACCAUGCCCAGCUAAUUUUUGUAUUUUUAGUAGAGAUGGCGUUUCACCAUGUUGGCCAGGCUGGUCUGUGAACUCCUGACCUUGUGAUCCGCCCACCUUGGUCUCCCAAAGUGCUGGGACGACAAGCUUGAGCCACUGCGCCCGACCCCCAGUCUUGCUUUUCAAAGGUAUGACGCAUGUGUCCUGCCCCCGCGAGCGCCGUCGCGCCGUCGCGCCACAUACGUCACACGCUCUUCGGAAAGCGUUGCUGCGUAAAUGGCGGGGGCGUGUCUUUUGGCUCCUCCGCGUGUAGUUACCUGAGAAACGCGGGAAGUUGGGCCCAGGCACUGUUGCUCCGGUUGCCUAAGUUGUUUUAUUAUUUCUGGAGAGAGCCGUGAGCUUGUCUAGGGGCCCCAGUCCUGAGGCCGACCCGGUUUCUGGCGCGGUGCGAUGGAGGUAGUGGAGGCCGCCGUCGCUCAGCUGGAAACUCUGAAAUUCAAUGGCACCGACUUUGGAGUUGGGGAAGGUCCGGCGGCUCCGUCUCCGGGCUCUGCCCCUGCGCCAGGGACACAGCCGCCGCUACAGUCGUUUGAGGGGUCCCCGGACGCUGGGCAGACCGUGGAGGUUAAGCCUGCCGUGGAGCAGCCUCUGCAGCCCGUUCUGAACGCCGUUGCGGCCGGGACCCCAGCGCCGCAGCCACAGCCGCCAACUGAAUCGCCGGCCUGCGGAGACUGCGUCACCUCUCCAGGAGCCGCAGAGCCUGCGCGGCCGCCGGACUCCUUGGAGACCUCUGACUCGGAUUCCGACUCGGACAGUGAAACAGAUUCAGAUAGUUCAAGCUCAUCGUCUUCCUCUUCAUCUUCCUCAUCGUCUUCUUCUUCCUCUUGUAUAUCACUUCCUCCAGUGCUGUCAGAUGGAGAUGAUGAUUUACAAGUUGAAAAGGAAAAUAAGAAUUUUCCUCUUAAAACAAAAGAUGAAUUACUUCUUAAUGAACUGCCUUCUGUUGAAGAACUCACUAUUAUUCUGCCUGAAGAUAUUGAGUUAAAGCCUCUUGGAAUGGUUUCAAGUAUUAUUGAACAACUAGUAAUAAUUGAAUCUAUGACUAACCUACCUCCAGUUAAUGAGGAGACUGUAAUUUUUAAAAGUGAUCGACAAGCAGCAGGAAAGAUAUUUGAGAUAUUUGGACCUGUUGCACAUCCAUUUUAUGUGUUACGGUUUAAUUCUUCAGAUCACAUUGAGAGUAAAGGUAUUAAAAUAAAGGAGACUAUGUAUUUUGCUCCAUCAAUGAAAGAUUUCACUCAGUAUAUAUUCACAGAAAAACUUAAACAGGAUAAGGGAUCAGAUGCAUCAUGGAAGAAUGAUCAGGAACCACCACCAGAGGCCUUAGAUUUUAGUGAUGAUGAAAAAGAGAAAGAAGCCAAACAGAGGAAAAAAUCUCAGAUUCAAGGCCGGAAAAAACUCAAAUCUGAAUUUAAUGAGCCAGGUGAAGAUUUUACUGAAGUACAUCAGAAUUGGAAUGCUCAUAGCUCUGCUUCAGAGCAUGCAAAAGGAUAUCGUAACAGAGAAUUCACACGAGGAUUUUCCAGGGCCAGAUACCCUCGAUCUUGCCAUGGCAGGCCUCCACCUCAGCAUUUCUAUAACUCAGAACAUAUGGUAUCUCAGGAGACUUCAGGAUUUCCUUCUCAGAGACAAGAAAAUCCCAUUAUGCCACAAUACCCCUUUCCUCUUCCAAUGUUUGACAUACAUAAUUUUCCACUCCGCCCUCCACCCCCACCACCACCCCCACCUGUAAACAUGGGUUGGGCUACACCAAACAUGGCUGCUCAUCCAUUACUUAACUUACCAUACUCCCUACCCCCACCCCCUCCCCCUCCACCGCUGCCUCCUCCACCCUCUUCUGGAGAUAGUAAUUCUCAUUUUGGACCUUACUAUUAGGUGACUAUGCAUUUCCAGAGAAAUGUGGACUUUUCAUAUUAUGUGGUAAGGAUUUUUUUUUUUUCAAGAGUGAUUAUGGAGCUAGAUUUUUAAAAACACUGUAAAGUACUAAAUGAUUCCUUCUGUUGUAAGUUGAUAUAUAUUUGUAACCUUUGUGAAGUUGUAUUCAUAUGAAAAUGUCAGCUCAGAUUCUUGGGAGAACAUUAAAUUAUGUAAUAUUUAAUUAAAAUUUUGAAUUCAUGCCUUCUACCUCCCAACCCCACCCAGUUAAACUAUAUAUAUAUAUAUAGUAAUGGAUAUGGGACAAGUUUCAUCAUGGGUAAAAUAUAUGGAGCACGUUGAUUUUCUUGCUAUAAUCUGAAUAUAAGAUGAAGUCCUUUUGAGAGUCUUUAAGCUAUUUUUAUAAAUUUAUACUUUGGAAAUCAAUUUUAAUUAUAAAUGUAAUUUGUGAGUAAGUUUAAAUGACCAUAAUUUUUCUUUUUAAAGCAGAUGAGGGAUAUAGAGGAGAAAAUACUUAUAUAUUGGUAGAAGCUCUGAUUAUAGCUAAAGUAAAAAAUAUUUAUUAUGCAUAGGCAAGCUUCCAUUAUCUGUGCAAAAUAUUUCCUUUAUUUGGGCACUGUUUAGAAGGCUUUACUAUUUAACCUCCUAAAAGGGAUGCAAAGAUUAUUCACAGUAAGAUCUAUUUAGGGAUUUUGUCUUCCAUAUUUGUUUUCCAGAUCCUCACAUGCAGACUAGGUUCAAUAAAUAACAAAUAUUUUUGAAUAUCUGAAUUUAGAGUUUAAAUGAGUAAUGACUACUGCUUUAUAUUAUGAGGUGUCAAUGUAAGGGAAAUCAUGAGUUUUAGAACUAGAAGAGACCAUUGAAAUACUCCAGUUUUCAUUUAGUAAAUGAGGAGGCUAAGUGUUCCAAAGAGGUUAAAAUAAUUUAACUAAGAUCACUCAGCUAGUGAGUUGACAAGGAGUUGAACCUAGUUCUUCUGGUUUUCUGAUUAGCAGUUUCCACUAAUUAGAUGUUUCCCAAUCUUACAUUCCUUUACACACUUAGGAAACAGUAUUUGUAUGGCACAUUGGAGUAAUCUGGAGACCACUUAGCACAAGCCCAUGCACUCUGGUUGCACUGAGGCCCCACUUUUCUUCCCCAUGAGCUGAGGGGACUCUUUGCAGCAUUCCUAGCACACAAGUUGAGAGGCUCUGCCUUGGUAUAUAUUAACUUUAUCAUAUGAGUACUUUCUUCAUUAUUUUUAAAAAUAUUUUUGCAACUUCUCUUUAGAAGUUACCUUCACAGGUUAUAGCACAGUCUUUUUAUGAUUGUUAGAAUAUUGUAAGAGUUUAUGAGAUUAUAUCUAAAAGCACUGAAAGAAAAACCCAAACCCUUUUCCACAAGAAUGGGAACAGUAACAUGUUAUUAUUAGUCAUCAAGCUGUUCUGAUCAUCAUGGCAUUUAAAAACCUGUCCAUUUCGGCCGGGUGCAGUGGCUCAUGCCUGUAAUCCCAGAACUUUGGGAGGCUGAGGUGGGUGGAUCACCUGAGGUCAGGAGUUCGAGACCAGCCUGGCCAACAUGACGAAACCCUGCCUCUAGUAAAAAUACAAAAAUUAGCCGAGCUUGGUGGCACGUGCCUGUAAUCCCAGCUACUUGGGAGGCUGAGGCAGGAGAAUUAUUUGAACCUGGGAGGCAGAGGUUGCAAUGAGCCGAGAUCGCACCAUUGCACUCCAGCCUGGGUGGCAGAGCAAGACUCCAUCUCAAAGUAAAAUCUGUCCAUUUCUUUACCUCAGGUACAGGUAUCUCUCACAGAUAUUGUGGCCUCGGAUCCAGACCAUUGCAGUCAAGUGAGUCACACAAAGUUUCUGGUUUCCAAAUGCAUAUAAAAGUUACGUUUACAUGCUACUUUAGUUUAUUAAGUAUGCAAUAGCAUUGUGUUUAAAAAAACCAAUGUGCAUAUCUCAAUUGAAGAAUACUUUACUGUUCAAAAAAUAAUAAUGACCCUUUGAGCCUGCAGUGAGUUACAAUCUUUUAGCUGUUGGAGGGUCUGGCCUCAAGUGUUGUUGGCCGCUGAGUGAUCAGGGUAGUGGUUGCUAAAAGUGGCAGUUUCUCCUAAUAGAUAGCAGUGAAGUGUGCUACAUUAAUUGGCUCUUCCUUUCACCAAAGAUUUCUGUGUAGCAUGUGAUGCUACUUGAUAGCAUUUUAUUCUCUGUAAAACUUUGAAAUUUGGGAUCAAGUCGUCUCAAACCCUGCCACUGCCUUAUGAACUAAGAAGGUUAUGUAGCAUUCUAAGUCCUUUGUUAUCAUUUCAGUAGUGUUCAUAGCGUCUUCACCACGAGUAGCUUUUACUUGAGAAAGCUCAUUUUUGCUUAUGCAUAAGAAGUAACUCCUCAUCUGUUCAAGUUUUUUCAUGAGAUUGCAGCAAUUCAGUCACGUCUUUAGGUUCCACUUCUAAUUCUAGUUCUCUUCCUAUUUCUACCACAUAUUCAGUUAUUUCCUCCAGUGAAGUCUUAAAGACCUCAAAAUUAUUCGUGAGGGUUGGAAUCAACUUCUCCCAAACUCCUGUUAAUAUUGGUAUUUUGACCCCCUCUCAUGAAUCAUCAAUGUUCUUAAUGACAUCUUAAAUGGUGAAUCCUUUCCCGAAGGUUUCCAAUUUACUUUGCCCAAAUCCAUCAGAGGAAUCACUAUGACAGCUGUAGCCUUGCAAAAAAUAUUCUUAUAUAAUAAGACUUGAAAGUCAAAACCAUUCCUUGAUCCAUGGGCUGUGGAAUGGAUGUGUUAGCAGGCAUUAAAAAAAUUCAACUCCUUGUACAUCUCCAUUGGAGUUCUUGGGUAACCAGGUGCAUUGUUAAUGAUCAGUAGCAUUUCCGAAAGAAAUCUUUUACUGAAUGGUGGACUUAAAAUCUUUAGUAAACCAUGAUUUUAAAAGAUGUGCUGUCAUCCAGGCAUAGUUUUUCUAUCUAUAGAGUCUAUAGAGCACAGGCAGAGUAGAUUUAGCGAAAUUCUUAAGGACCCUAGGAUUUUUGGAAUUGUAAAUGAGCAUUGGCUUCAACUUAAAAGUCACCAGCUGCAGUACCCCUAACAAGAUUGCCUUUCCUUUGAAGUUUGGAAGCCAGGCAUUGAUUCCCGUUCUGCAGCUGUGAAAAUCCUAGAUGGCAUCUUCUUUGAAUAUAAGGCUAUUUUAUGUACACAGAAAAUCUGUUGUUUAGUGUUUAGUGUAUCCACCUUAUCUAGAUCUUCUGGAUAACUUGAAGCUUCGUCUUGUACUUUUAUGUUAUGGAGAUGGCUUCUUUCCUUAAACCUCAUGAGCCAACCUCUGCUAGCUUCCCACUGGGAGAUAAACUGCAGUUUCUCUUAGCCUUCAUAGAAUCGAAGAGAGUUAGGGCCCGCUCUGGAUUAGGCUUUGGCUUAAGGGAAUGUUGUAACUGGUUUGAUCUUUUAUCCAGACCAUUUAAACUUAUUCCAUAUCUGCUGUAAAGCUGUUUUGCUUUCUUAUUCCUGUGUUCACUGGAGUAAUACUUUUAGUUUCUUUUAAGAACUUUGUCUUUGCAUUCACAACUUGGCUGUUUGGCACAAGAGGCCUAGCUUUUAGUUUGCCUCAGCUUUCAACAUGCUGUCCUCACUAAGCUUACUCAUUUCUAACUUUUGAUGUAAAGUGAGAGAUGUACAACUCUUCCUUUCACUUGAACACUUAGAGGUCAUUAUACGGCUAGUGAUUGGUUUAAUUUCAGUGUUGUUGUUUCACGAAAUAGGAAGGUCUGAGGAGAGAGAAAAGGAAACAGCAGAUGUGUGGAGCAGUCAGAACAUACACAUGUAUCCAUUAAGUUCACUAUAUUAUAUGGGCAUAGUUCAUGGUGCCUCCAAAACAAUAGUAACAUCAGAGAUCACUGAUUGAGAUCACUAUGACACAAAUAACAAUUAAGAAAAAGUUCAGAAUAUUGGGAGAAUUACCAGAAUGUGACAGAAUACAUGAAGUGAGCAUAUGCUGUUGGGAAAAUGGAGUUGAUGUACUUGCUAGGUGUGGGAUUGCUACAAACCUUCGAUUUGUUAAAAAUGCAAUAUAUAUGAAGUAUAGUACAAUGAAGUACAAUAAAACGGUGUAUGCCUGUAGUAUUAUCUGACAGUGAAUAUUUACUAUCUACAGAAACGUCUGAAUUAUACCAUUUGAUCUUUGCUUUAAAUUAAGUUGGUAUCUUAACCACUUAGGUCUGGUUGCCUUCCUCUCUACACAAAUCGGCCCUCUAUGUCUGUGGGUUCUGCAUCUGUGGGUUCAACCAAUUGUGGAUCGAAAACAUAUAGAAAAAAUAAAAUGUAUGGUUGCACCUGUA